GGAGAGAAGCCUGCUGCACACUCGCCUCUGAGCAUCACCACCACCACCUCGUGCUGCUGGAUGAACAGGCGUGCUCCGCUGGUCCACCCUGCGAGAGUGUGUAUGUGUGUGUGUGCGCUUGUGUGAGAGAGUGUGCAUGUGUCUGGGAUGCUCCAUGCUGAGGAGGGAGGGAAGUGCCCGCUAAUUGCCCCUGGUCAUUCGAUCCCCAGCGCCCCGUGGUCUGCCGCCCGGCCCCAGCUAGAUGGUGUUCAGCCUGGCCAUGGAGUCCAACGAGGAUGGCGAGAGCUGGGUGGAGGAGCAGUGGGAGAAAUGGUUGACCCACGACAUAAGUCUGGAGGAGUACGAGGAUGACGACUUGUCCGAGGUCACAGAGAUUGGUGAUGAGCUUGCGCCCAGUCCUACCUACUGCACCGCGGAUGUGAACGGUCACAUGUCUGUGGCAGCCAAUGGAGCGGCCAGGCUGGCGGAGAGGAGGAGGGGGGCAGUGGAGCUGCAGUCGGAGAUGCUCCACUUGGACCUGAUCGAUGCAGAGGAGGGUGGGAUCCAGGAAGACGACGAGCGGCAGCAGCAGGAGGAAGAGGAGCCGAGGAGGAGGAGGAGGACAACGACGACGACAACGACGCCGAGGAGGAAGGAGCCCGUCCAUGCGGCCCGGCAGCCCACACGGCAACGGGAGGGGCCAGGGGGAGCCGCGCCGCCCGACCUCCGACAACCUCUGCUGAGGGAGCCAGCCCCCAUCGCCAUGGACACGUACCGGCCCAAAAGGCCCACCACCCUCAACCUCUUCCCCCAGGUGCCUCGCACUCAGGACACAAUAAACAACAACUCCUUUGGGGACAAGGACAGAAGGAAGGAGAAAGGCAAAGAGAAGGCAACAGGGGAACAGGGUAGCGAUGGAGGCAAAGUGCAGAGGGUUGACCGGACUUGCUCCAAGCGCACCAGUGGCCCCACCUCCACGUCCUCUCUCAAGGCUGCCGGGGAAUCCAAGCCUCAGAAGAAGCCCUCGACCACUCAGCACCAGAAACCUUCCACAGCCAAGUCCAACGCAGCAAAGUCCGGCACUGGGAAGUCCGGCACUGGGAAGUCCGGCGCAGUGAAGUCCGGAGCAGGGAAGUCCAACACCACCACCACUACCACUGCCCAGCCAGCCAUGAGGGAGACAACCGGGGAGCCCAUCCAGGAGCAGGUGAACAGCUGUUGUUCCGGUGGCCAGUCUGAGGAGGGGCAAGCAAUGGAUAGGCAGCAUAUGAGGGGGAGGGGCUACCGCUACUUUGGCGGUGUGGAAAUGAACUUUGCUGAUGGAGAUGACCAGCCAGAGCAAGAGGAGGAGGAGGAGGAAGAGGAGGUGAUCAGGCGGCAACGCAACGGCGAUAGCAGCAGCAGCGGGCGCCAGUCCCUAUCACAGAGCAGCGACAGCAGCAACCGCAUGUCCCUGAGCUCGGACAGUGAGGCCCCGCCACCGUGUCCACAGCACCACCACCCGCACCACCAAAACCACGUCCAGAAAAAGGCCUCCAUCAGCGAGGAGGACGAGGAUGAUGACGGGGUCUACCCCCCCACGCCGCCCCGCCGGACAGUCAGCCUCAGUGAGGCCGUGGGCAGGGAAACGGCCUGGAGAACGAUAGCGGAGGUGGACGAGGAGGAGGAGGACGACGUGGUAGUGGCUGCGGUGGCUGCUGGGGCCGGAGGGGCAUCAGUGACCGCAGGAGCAGGAGCAGCAGCAGCGACAGCAGCAGUGGAGGGAGGCCUGCGGCCGCCAGAGCGGCGGUCAAAGCAGCUUCCGGGCGCCAGCGGCCUGUCUUCUGACUCUGUCAAGUGCGCUGGGAAGUCCGCACUGGGAAGUCCGGGCGGACUGGGAAGUCCGGGCACUGGGAAGUCCGAGCAGGGAAGUCCGCACAACAUAGGAAGUCCCACAGAAUCCGGGGAGGGAAGUCUCAGGGAUUCACCUACACGCCCAGCCAGCCAUGAGGGGAGACAACCGGGAGCCCAUCCAGGAGCAGCACCACCACCGCAUGACCAAAAAACCACGGCCCAGAAAAAAGGCCCCGUCAGCGAGACAGAGAACGAGGAUGAUGACGGGUUCAGUGAGGCUACUUUGGAAGACAGUCUGAUGGAAGGCCGUGGGCAGGAAACGCCUGAAGAAGAGGGAGGGAAGCGGAGGGUGGACGCAGGAGGAGGAACACGACGCAGGCAGUGGCUGGCGGUGGCUGCUGGGGCCGGAGGGGCAUCAGUGACCGCAGGAGCAGGAGCAGCAGCAGCGACAGCAGCAGUGGAGGCGGAGGGGAAGCCUGCGGCCGCAGAGCCGGCGGUCAGCAGCUCGGACGCCAGCGGCCUGUCUUACGACUCUGUCAAGUACACGCUGGUGGUGGACGAGCAUGCGCAGCUGGAGCUGGUCAGCCUCAAGCAGUGCUACAAGGUCUACCAGGACAGCGACAGCGACGACAACACCGUCUACGAGUCGGCGCUGGAGGAGGAGGAGGAGGAGGGGGGCAGGGAGAGGCCGCAGAGGCGCUUAAAGAGAGAGCAGUCCUCAGGCCUCUCCAUGGCCACCACCACCGACUCCAGCUCGACGCCUCCAGCCCCAAGUAAGUUCCCAAGAACGGUUUCCUGUGCUGAUGUGUUGGUUCCAGGUGCGGAGACGUUUGGUUUGUUCUCCUGCGUCAUUGCUGGGGAGGAGCGGGAGCAGAGCCACAGAGCAGUGUUCAGGUUUGUCCCGCGUCACGAGGACGAGCUGGAGCUGGAGGCCGAUGAUCCACUCCUGCUGGAGGCCGAGUCGGAGGACCUGUGGUGCGAGGCCUACAACAUGCGCACCGGCGCCCGCGGCAUAUUCCCCGCCUUCUAUGCGGUCAAGGUUGCUAAAGAAACCGUGCAAGCCAAAGAGGAGAAAAGUGACUGGGUGGAUACCUUCUGGGUGAAAUUCCUUGGCUCUGUUCAGGUGCCAUAUCAUAAAGGAAAUGAUGUUCUUUGUGCAGCUAUGCAUAAGAUUGCUACAAACAGAAGAUUGCAAAUGCAAUUCAGUCCUCCUUCAAUGUGCGUAGUGGAGAUCAACAUGAGGGGCGUGAAGAUCAUUGUUCAAGACGACUGCCGGACUGCUGACAGAGGCGAUAAGUGUUGUCAUUUCUUCCAGCUGAAGAACAUUUCAUUUUGUGGAUGCCAUCCAAAAAACAAAAAGUAUUUCGGGUUGAUUACCAAACACCCAGCCUAUCAGAGGUUUGCCUGUCAUGUCUUCUUCUCAGAGGAGUCUACCACAGCCCUAGCCACGUCUGUGGGGAAAGCAUUCCAGCAGUACUACAAAGAACACAUGGCGUACUCUUGUCCAACAGAAGAUAUCUUCCUUGAAUAACACUGCACCUACUUAAUGUUUUGCAUCACGAUAGAUCAUUUAUAAAGUGUUGCAUGAUGGAUAAUAGAAACCCAUUUAAUGGUUGUUUUUACUUUGGGGUCUGGUGUAGACAAACAUAUAGGUUCACAUCCAUCUUAAGUGUCAUGACAUCGGCUUCCGUACUACUGGAAUUGCCAUUUCUAACUGAGUCUACCUACCUACCAGCUUUAUGGAAAGACCCAUUUCUUUAUAUUGCUAUAUUCCAGGUCUGACGUUGAGAGAACUUGAGAGGCAAUGUUGUAUAAAACAUGAACAAGCAGGUUAUAAUGUGCAGUUCCUAUUUAUGGACUUAAAGCACAAGAUGACACGGACCUCUCUCAGAGCUAGACCAGACUUCCAGGAGCCACCUGCUCCAGCCACCCACACAUGUAAUUCAUUGUAUCUCACAGCAUAGAUGGUCUUGAGAUCAGUGCAAAACACAUCUCCACGUCUGUUUGUAAGGCUAAGUGUUUGUCGGCACAAGCAGUGUAACACAGCCAAAAGUAAACUGGGUUUCUCUCUCUCUCUCUCUCACUGAAUGUUGACAUCCCGUUGUGUUUUCUUCCUUGGCUCACGGCAGUUACCAUGGAGCUGCUGUUCAAAGAGAGUGCUAGUUUUGCCUCACUGUUAAGAGUGGGGCCUCAUCGGACUCCCUGACUGCUACUAUACUCCAAGCUCUUGUGUAGCCUAUUAAUACCAAAUAUAUUGAAUUUAUUCAACUGCUCAAAAACUAUUAUUAAAGAAAUGUUAAGUUGCUAAAAUUAAAUGGUGAGGAGUUGAAGGUUGAACAAACUGAACGAUGUUUAGGGUCAGAUAACUUCAGAUGAAUACAUGGAAGCUGAAUUGAACUGAUGUGUUUGGUGUCAUAUGCUCAUCAGCUACAUCUCUGGCAUUGUGUGUAUAUAAAUAUUUCAUCUGAAUCUUGACAAAACCAGUGGAUGUGAUUGGAGAGAGAUGUGUGAAUAAGCCUAAUGCUGAAUGUCCAGUUUUAAUGUGACUGUGUUUCUUUCAGUGAAGCAGAAUUCUGAACAAUUGCAGAUUAUAUUAAUUAUUUAAUACUACGUUCAAAAAGACCAAACAUUAUCAGCCUUGUGUCUGUGGGUGGUAGAAGUGAGGCCAUGCGUGUCUUCAUAUCAAUCAUGCAAAAUCACAGAUUGUGCCUAUUUUAUUUUAUUUUUGGUUGUGAUUAUACAUUGUAUAUUGUCUUUUUUAUUUUGAAUGAUUCUGUGAGCACUGUGGAACUCCUAUUAAAUGCUAUUUGUAAAAGAA